AUGGUUGAUUGCUCAUCCCACGAAACAGACAUGCAUUACUUAUUCAAUGAUGUUUUGCAGCUUGAUUCGGGGCAAUUACCCGCUGGGCUAAGUUUGGAAUUGCGUUCUGGCUCAUUUUCACCUGGGUUGGAGGACUUACUGGAAAAGAUAGCCGCAAGUCCCAUUACUAAAUUCAAAACUGACAUGACCGAUGUCAGCGCUGGCUUUGACACAAAAAUUAGUUCCGGUUCUCUUUCUUUAUUUAAUGAUGUUAAAGACAAAAUUCAUGCUACUGGAAAUAGCCUCAGUACCGAAUACACACUUACAUUUCCCUGUCAGAAUUUCACCGAAACUGGCAAUUUCAACGGAGCUAGUGCUUGCUUAGACCCUCAAAUACUAUCGUUCAAGGGUUGCAGUCUGGAAAGGGAAGAAACAAACAACAGGCGAACUCCAGAAAAUUUAAGUUUAUCUGGUACAACGGAUACAGCCUGCUUCAAUUCACCAGCCCCUUCAGCAGCUCCCUUACGCCCUUUAAGAUCCUUGGAUAUUUUAAAUCGGGAAAUGUUUGGUGUGUCACGGCUGAUUGAACCGAAGAAACCGCGGCGCUGGACUAAAAAAAGAGAACCACGCAUAACGAAGAUUGCAAGGCCACUUAGAAAACACGUUCGCUUUGAAUACAGGGCCAAACAAGAUGAGACAUUCAAAAUCGUAUUCAAAGGUGGCUUCAUCAGACAAAACAUUAUCAGAUCAUAUUUCCCAGAGUCCGUGAACGGUAAAAUAAAGGUACCGGAUAACUGGAACCCAGUCACAGUACAAUUAGAUGAUGAGAAUUUCUACGAAAAGAUGUUGGAGAGCAUUAGAAAGCAGAUUGAACCAGCGUGUGGCCAUGUUAGAACGUAUUGGAAAAUGACCAAGAAAAGGGAGGGGUCCAAGUUUUUUAUAACAAUAAAAGAAGAAGGUUUUGACACGGAACCUACAUUUGGUGACGAUCAGUACUAUUUUAACGUGAUAUCUAAAGUGGUCGAGUCCGGUAGCUUUGGUCCUAUUGAACGUGGAGCAAGAAAUAAGGAUAAGAUUCAAAAAGCAAUAGAUAGGGAUGAUGCUGUUGGCAAUUAUCGUUGGUGCCAUUUUAUCACGUCAAGUGAAAUGAAGGGAAUCUUUGAUUUUUUUUUACAAGGUUACGAUUAUUGUGCUAAUGACAGUACCGUGUUGGAAAAACUCAAGGCAAAGUCCAAUCCCGAUCCCUUCAAACAUCAUGAAUCUAGAAUCAGAUCACAUAUGUUAGGAUACAUCUCUGGUAAAUCGUGUAAACUGCAUGCAACGAAGCUCAGUGGAAAACCUAAAAAGUUCUCAGAACAAAUGUAUCAACUAAUUAUGAGUUUCGACGAUUACAAGAGACCCUACAAUACUGCCAAAGACAUUUCGGUCAUGGAGAUGAAAUACAUGAUCGAGAACUUAUCAGAUCUCCUAGAGAAAUAUUAUUGGGUAGAUCCAUCUACUGUGCCUGACGAAGGAUAUCCUAUGCGUUCCUAA